GCAUAUCUGAAUAGACACUUAUUGUAAUAGAAGUGUUUUUUAGGGGUAGGUGACCCGUUGCCAAAUAAAUAGGGGCAAGCCGCAUGCUUUACUCUCAAAAACCAGUGGGAAGUUCAAAAGGUGGCAAUUAGCGGAGAGCUAGAACGAUGGUCAUUCAGGGUGACUGGAUUAAGUUUGAACAGAAUGGAAUUGGGCCUGGAGCAAGGAGUUCACAUGCAAUAGCCAUAGUAGGAAAGAAGCUCUAUGCAUUUGGGGGUGAAUUCAUGCCACGAGUCCCCGUUGAUAACAAGCUGUAUGUCUUUGAUCUUGAGGGCCAAUCAUGGUCUGUCAGUGAAGCCAGUGGAGAUAUCCCACCGCCACGUGUUGGUGUCUCAAUGGCAGCCGUUUAUGACACUAUCUAUGUCUUUGGGGGAAGGGAUGCUGAACACAAAGAGCUCAAUGAAUUCUACUCUUUUGACACUACUACUAACAAAUGGACCCUUCUUUCUAGUGGAGAAACCGGGCCAGUUCACCGAAGCUACCAUUCCACAACAACUGAUGAUCAUCAUGUGUACAUUUUUGGUGGCUGUGGAUUCUCUGGCCGGUUAAACGACCUUUGGGCGUAUGAUACCAUUGAUAAGAAAUGGAUGAACUUCCCACCUCCUGGUGAAAAUUGCAAAGGAAGAGGUGGACCUGGGCUUGCAGUUGUCCAAGACAAAGUUUGGGUUGUGUAUGGAUUCGCAGGGAAAGAGGUUGAUGAUGUCCACUGCUUUGAUCUCAUCAAGAAAGAGUGGGCCGAGGUUGAAACAGCAGGCGAAAAGCCCACUGCUCGAAGUGUAUUUUCAACUGCUGUAAUUGGCAAGUACAUAUUCAUAUAUGGUGGAGAGAUUGACCCUAGUGAUUUAGGUCACUUAGGUGCUGGUAAAUUCUCAGGAGAAGUCUAUGCUUUGGACACAGAAACACUAGUGUGGAAGAAAUUGGAAGAUGGCUACAAUUCAGCUGACCAUCCAGGCCCAAGGGGAUGGUGCGCCUUUGCUGGUGGAAAGAGCAAUGGAAAACCCGGGUUGUUGGUUUGUGGUGGUAAUUCGCCUAGCAAUGACCGGCUAGGCGAUAUUUUCUUCUUCACCCCGCGUAUAAACAUUGAAUAAGUGGUGAAAGUAGUUGUAACUCUUGUACGUUACUUGUGCAGUCAUUAGGCAUGGAUUGAGCACGGCCAGCCAGUCGCCUAGCUGUGACAUGGUCAAGUGUAUGUGUAUAGUGUCACCAAAUGAAUAAUUGUGAAGAAAAUGUGGUUGUAAUGUACUCUCUUCGUCCCUUAACUAGAUUCAUACUUCUAGCAUUUAUUCCUCACAUAAUAAAGAGAAGUAAAAAGCUAAUUAAGGGACAGAGGGAGUAGCACUACUUUGUUGGGCUAUAAGUCCAAAACCCGUGAGAUUAUCCUUAAUUCUCAUAUGGCUAUAUUUUGGUGCUUUGACUACUUACUGCUUAGUUGUUACAGUUUGUAUCAGUUUCUUGUCAUGGUUGGGCUUUCGAUCGAGUGGUAAUUCUGAUUUAAUAAAUUCCAACUGAGAUUUGGCACGACUGAAAAAUAAUGGACAGGUUGUAGAGUCUAUUUUACUUCUAGUAUGUUUGCUUUCUUGUCUAUUAUGCAACUUUUAAAAGGUAAAUGUAAAGAUUUCUGUGACUUGAAAUAACUUCAAUUCUAUGUUACUCAAGAGUCUGAGCGUAUAUGAUACAUAUAGGCUGAUGGGCAUGUAUGUAUCCUAAUGUCGUGUGGAAUGUCAUUUAUUUGAUAUACGUGUUGGGUUGAUAAUUGUUAAAUUGCUUUUGUCAAAAAAAAAAAAAAAA